GUCGUCUCCCCGUCCCCUGGUGCUCCGUCCCGAUUAGAAACUCUUUACUAGGCCACUCCUAUCUUGAUUUAAAACUGAAUUCCGCGACUAUUUACAAGUUUUGUACGAGAUAUGUAGAAUAAUUUGGCUAAGUGAUUGUGUGAAAUGGCUUAACUGGUCAAUUAAGAUCACAGGUAAAUCAACACAAUGAGUGGUCGAUCGGGUCGUGGAGUGUUUGGGAAACUCUUCUCCAAGAAAAAAGAUCAGUACAAAGAUGAAAGAGUCACAGAAAUCGGGAUGCCUACGAAUGUUAAACAGCACAUACAUGUUAGUAAGAAUACAGAGACAGGUAUGUUGGAGGGUUUGCCAGCUUCCUGGCAGAGAUUACUCAAUGCACAGAUCACGCCCGCCGAACAAAAUGAGAACCUGGACGCCGCCAUCCAAGCUGUCAAACUUCACAUGUACAUCAUCAAGAAAGAAAAGGCCCAAGAUGAACCUUUCAAACCAAUAGUUACUCAAGAAGAGAUCAACAAGGAAGACUUGGAGAUAGAGAAGCUGCUAGACCAUAAAAAUGCUCAUCAAAGUCAAGACUCCGACUUAUCAAUUGGUCAAAGUAGUGAAGAAGAAAUUGGUACAGUGACAGAUGUCUAUGCUCAAAGACAGACUAUGCCAGCAGUGCCAAUGAAAAAUAAUCUUAAGAAAAAGGAUGCUGUGAUGGAUCUUUCUGCAGUAGUGGAAGAUUUGACUCUCAUCGGAGAAGAUGGUGAUGAGAGCCCAAUAUUAAGGAAGAAAGAAAUGUUUAAUGCCACGUUGACUGAUGAAGAAAUUUAUGAGGAAUUAAGAAGAAUUUGCAAUAAGGAUGACCCUUAUGUGAGAUUUGAUAGGAUCAAACAACUCGGUGCUGGUGCUUCAGGUGUUGUAUUCAUCGCCAUAGACAACAAGGACAAUUCCAGAGUUGCCAUCAAAGAUAUUGAUUUGACAAAACAGUCAAAGAAAGAUCUCAUUCUAAAUGAAAUCAAUGUGUUGAAAGGUUUCAACCAUAAGAAUCUGGUGAAUUUCCUGGAUGCAUUCCUUAGCUAUGACCACUUAUGGGUUGCCAUGGAGUUGCUUGAUGGUGGAUCCUUAACCGACGUGGUGACCGAGGUAGUGAUGAAGGAAGGCCAAAUUGCUGCAGUUUGCCGUGAGACGUUGCAGGCUGUUGCCUUCUUGCACUCUAAAGGCACAAUACAUAGGGACAUCAAAUCUGACAAUGUCUUACUUGGUAUGGACGGCACAGUGAAAGUUACCGAUUUCGGCUUUUGUGCAAACAUAGUUGGUGACGAGAAAAGGCAGACAAUGGUCGGGACGCCAUACUGGAUGGCACCUGAAGUAGUCACGAGGAAGCAGUAUGGUAAAAAAGUUGACGUGUGGUCACUGGGCAUAAUGGCGAUAGAAAUGAUUGAAGGAGAACCUCCAUACAUGAAAGAAACGCCUUUAAGGGCUUUGUACUUGAUUGCAGCAGUCGGUCGUCCUAAAAUACCGCGAUGGGAGUCACUGUCACCCCAAUUCCAAGACUUCCUCGACAAAUGUCUUCAAGUGGACGUCGACUUGAGAGCGACAGCGGACGAACUGUUGGCCCAUCCCUUCCUCGAGUGCGCCAUGGAACUGAGAACUCUUACUCCAUUGAUCAAGGCUGCCCAAAAAAUUCUCCACAAAAAUUUCGACUGAGAGUAUUACGAUUUAUAACUCUUCCAUUCCCAUUUUUACAUGUCUUUUCUUUUUUAUAGCUAUUUUCAUGAGAUUUUGUAUGAGACUAGAAGAGGUGCCAAUAUUAUGGAUAUCAUUUAAGAGUGGUUUUACAGAUAUUGUUUAAAGGUCGACUAUAAAAAAUAUUGGGAUAUGAACCUUACGGAUUAGUUAAGAAAUAAAAGCAGGCAUGUUUGGCAAGGUAAGUUAUAAAAAAUAACGCUUUAUUUAGAGUAAGAUGCUUACUGAUAAGCUUAUUAUAUGUAAUCGAUUGAAAUAAAAUCGGGAGAUAUUUAUUCAAGAAUUGGCAUAGUGUGUAUAGCUUCCGUCUUAUCACAAUGCUCGCUCAGAUAUCAUAUCUGCUACUGAUACAGAAUGAUUUUGGACAUCACACUGUGACUUUUAUGAAGUGAAAUAUGUUUAAUUAUCAUGUAAAACUAUAAAUAUUGUAUUAAACAAAAGGUAAUUGUAAAAAUUGUUUCGGUUACUUAAUUAAAUCUGUCCAUGAAGG